GCUCAUUCUCCAUUGUUCAUGACCCAAAGAAUAUUCUUCAUUAUUCUUUCAUCAUCAUCAUCUUCUUUUCUUUUCUUGUCUUGUCUUGUCUUGUCUCUCAAUCGAACCCACUCGCUGUCCCCCGCGGACGAUCCUCCAGUCAAAAUCCGAAUUCUCAGCCUUCUGAGUACCCGGACGGGUACCCGUACCUGAUAUCAUCUUCCUGCUACUGGACGCUCUAAGGGUUUGCUCCCCGCGCAACCCACGGUUUUCUCUUCUUUCUGCAAAAUUUCCCCUUCCCGCCAGCCUUCUCUCUUCUCCAACCUUUGCAUCUUUUUUUCCCAUAUGGUCCAGCGUCGCUCGAAUCCUUGGAAUCUUCAACCUUGUGCUGCCCCGUCAUGGGCACCUUUCAGGAUCACCUCCGUACCGCCGCCGCCAUUUCCGGCAUGAAUAACACCCCUCAAUCCGUCUAUCAGCCGUCUCUGGCCUAUACCUCCUCGCCCUUCGACGACGAUGUCUGGCGGCGCAAUCUUCAGUUCCCGCCCGACGGUAUGCUUCGCUCUCACAAUGCGCCCGGCUUCUCAAUGUCCUCCCUCAUUAUGUCGCAUCCAAGCCAGAUGAAUGCCCCUCCUGCUCCUCCUCGAAGCCUCCCUUACGGGCUGGCAAACGGCCAAACCCACUUGCAGAGCGCAAUGGGCGCUCCAAAACGUGUACGAACCGCGAGAGAUCCUCAAGCUCCGCCUCCUGCGAAGCGCCAAAAAAAGAAUGCCCCGUUGGACGAGAAUCAAGAAUUUCAAGCGGCCCAUACUCUUGAUCAGAAUCAUGAUCAUAAUCAUGACCAACACUGGGCCAGCAGCUCGGUCUCCGAUACUCGUACCAGCCAAUGUUGCAGUAGUUGCUCUGAAGGCCUUCCCUGUCUGGAACCAGACUGUGGGGUCCGGAGAGAGGCUCUUGUUCCCUGUAGGAAACCGGAAUGCUCAAAACCAGUCUGUAUGAACCAGUGCCUUGGCGAGGCUAUUCAGCAAGGACAACCGGAAGAAGUCGUCCCAUCAUCGACAAGGCUUUCGAAUUGGGACUACUCUCCAUGGAACGCUCAAGCCUCGACACAGAUGUCCCAGCUCUCGCCCGAGAGCAGGAUCGAUCCGAAUCUCAUGGGGCGGGUUGAGGAGAUCCAAAGCGCAUCCGGCUCUUCUGUUCCCUCUACACCCUCGAUGGCCAACAAUAUGAAGAACACUUUUUCCCCAGCUGGGGCUCUGCCUACUCCUCAAUCUACGAGCGAUUCCCUGUCGCCAUAUACCAAUGAAUCGGGCCUGAUAUUAUCCGGCACCGGCACGCUCUUUGCCCCUCCUCCUGUUCAAUGGGGCUCGCGAUUUAUGGGGAGCUCAAAUGCUGGCAACGGCCCUUCGAUGCUCAAUUGUGCUUGGAGUGGAUGUCCGCAACCGCUUGUUAGCCAGCAGGAAUGGACUGAGCACAUCCACCGGGUCCAUCUAGACCCUCAGAUGACUUUCAAUUGUCCUAUGCCGACAGAAAAUUGCCCCCAGAGUAUCAAUUACAACCCCAUGCAUCAUCUGGAAAUAGAUCAUGGCUAUAACUUUUUCGAUAAUAACAAUUACAGCUGUCCAGCUCCGGAUUGCUCUCUAGAUCAGACCUUCCUGAACCCAGCCAUGCUUCACAACCAUUUCGACCAGGCCCAUGCCAUGCCAGCUUCAGGGGCGCUGCUUUGCCAAUGGAACUCCUGUGGUACCCUCUUUCCAGAUCAGCAUCAACUGCUCACUCAUCUCAACGAGGACCACCAAUUGCCGGACCUACGAUUAACCAAUACCGGGGCAGACUGCGCUACACACACUGAGAUGGUCCAAUAUCCCACUGCCAUUGCUGAUGACGAAUUGCCCGGAGACGAUGCGAACAAUCGCUGCAAGUGGAAGAUUGGAUUUGACCAUGUCUGUGGGGCAGUUUUCAAUACCGAGGAGGACCUCCAGAAGCACGUCAAAGAUGAGCAUCUGAUGUCGUUAAGCAAUAAAUCCGGCUAUUUCUGCCAGUGGGAGAACUGUGGUCGUCCGGCAAAACUAGGUGACAAGGCGGGGUUCUCACAACGAGGAAAACUGGAGCGGCACAUGGCAACUCAUACAGGCUAUAAAAUGUCCCGUUGUGACAUUUGCAACGAGGUAUUUUCAGCCCCUCAAUCCAUGAAACAGCAUCGACGUCUUCACACGGGGGAGAAGCCAUGGGAGUGUAAAUACUGCGGGAAAACAUUCCCACAACAGAGUGCACGCACCAUCCACGAACGAACCCACACGAACGAGAAGCCGUUGAAAUGCCCCUACCCCGGCUGCGGGGCCUGCUUCUCCGAAUCCUCCAACCUCGCCAAGCACCGCAAGACGCACGGCGAGGAAGGCGUCCACAUCUGCAAGUUCCCCGGCUGCGUCAAGAAGUUCCACCGCCUGGAUCAGCUGAAGCGCCACCAGUCCAUCCACCGCAAGGCCUCGUCGAACGAGCCCGGCGCCGGAUCCUCGUCGACGGGCUCUGUCAAGACGGAGACGGAGGGCAGCGAGGUCGGGUUCGCAGCCUCGGAGGUAUCGUCGACUCCGCCUUCUGAUAUUGCUGGCGGGGAGUGAGUGAGCGUCACUGGGGAUCGAUCACUGGAGAUUUAGUUUUUUUUUCUUUUUCGUUGUAGCCGGCGGGUAGUAGCUGGGUUUUGGAGGCUUUCUUUUUUCUUUUUGUCAUCAAUCAUCAUUAUUAUCCUUGUAGUUCAUUAGGUACUGCAAUAUAUAUACCCCGGCGUCCGGAUUCUUCAUCUUCUUCAUCUCCCUUUCUUUCCUCUCGUCCCUCUCUUUCCCAAGCUCUCUCCAUCCAUCCAUCCAUCCAUCUAUCUCUCAAAACAAAAGCACAGGACAGGACCUACCUACCUAAAAAGUCCACCAUCCCAUCCCAUCCAUCCAUCCCAUCCAUCCCUCUCUUCUCUGCCUGUCC